CGGAUAUGGCUCUUACUAUUCUGACGGACCCGCAGCAUCCUACAAGAAUAGGCAAUAGCGUUUCAAGGGACACAUGCCCAGAUUUAACGCUAGUCAAAAAUGUUAAAAAUUGCGAGUGGCAAAAUACGCACGAAACCUUAGGCAGUGAUCAUUAUAUACUCCGAAUUUGCCUAGACCACAACAAGCAUCGUAAACACAGGGGACAAGCUCGGCUUACGAAUUGGUUGCUUUUUCGAGAGUCCGAGGGUCCUCAGCUCGACUCGCCUAUUGAGGAUUAUGAGCAAUGGGCUGAGUCACUUCUAGCUGCCAGAGAGAAAGUCACGAGAACGCUGCACACCUCAGAGGAUGUCCCGGCAGUCGACAACCACCUUCUCCACCUCUGGGAGGCCAGGAGAGGCCUCACCAGAAGGUGGAAAAAGCAAAAACACAAUCGCAAGCUUAAAAUCAAGAUUGCUGAAAUUACACGACAAGCGGAGGAAUACGCGUGGACCUUAGCCAAAAACAACUGGCUAAUCAAGUGCGACUCAUUAAGAGGUGGGCUUGGUGUCAAGUCUACGUGGAGCCUACUGCGAUGCCUCAUCGAACCCAGCAAGACGAGUGGAGAGCAGCAGCGGAACCUCAAGAGAGCCCUCCACGGCUAUGAGGGUACGGAUGAGCAGCUGGUGGCAGCCCUGACGAGCAAAUACCUCUGUACGACCAAAGAUGACGAGCCUGUGUUGCAGUAUGAAGGCAAAGAUAAUCCAGAACUCGACAGAGACUUCGAAGUAGAAGAAAUACAGGCGGCGCUACUAACCAUGAGAAGAGGUACGACGCCAGGACAGGACAAAGUUACAGUCGGCUUGCUCGCCAACAUGAACAAGAAGAUGCUAGGCCAGCUGACGGAUUAUAUCAAUGAGUGCUGGAGAGCUGGCAAGCUGCCCCUGGCGUGGAAAUCGGCAGACGUCAGCUUUAUCCCUAAGCCGGGCAAAGAGGUAAAUAUUAACAACCUCCGUCCGAUUUCGCUCACGUCAUGUGCCGGCAAGCUGAUGGAGAAAGCAGUGCAUGCCAGACUUUCAGCGUAUUUGGAGGAAAACGAUUACAUGCCCCACACCAUGUUUGGCUUCAGAGAGCGCCUAUCCACGCAAGACGUACUGCUGCAGCUCAAGAUGGAAGUUAUUGACCCACCCAACAAACGCAGUAGCAGAGCCAUCUUAGCCCUAGAUCUCAAGGGCGCUUUCGAUAAUGUGAAGCACUCAAAGAUCCUGGAGAACCUGCGGAAGACACAGUGUGGAAGAAGGACUUUUGAAUACAUCAGAGACUUCCUACUAGACAGACAGUCUCAUGUAAAAAUUGGAGAUUUUAGGUCCCAGCCAAUCCCUAUGGGCACCAGGGGUACGCCACAAGGAGCCGUCCUCUCCCCUCUGCUCUUCAAUAUUGCUCUUAUAAAUUUGCCUGAGCAACUCGAUCGCAUAGAGGGAAUUCGGCACGCCCUCUAUGCAGAUGACAUCACGGUCUGGGUGACGAAGGGCAGUCUGGGGCAGAUGGAAGAGGCGCUCCAAGAGGCUGCUUCGACAGUCCAAAAAUAUGCCGAGGAGUGCGGACUGCGCUGCUCUCCGGAAAAAUCGGCACUUCUAAUCAUGCGCAGACGAGAAGAUGAAGCCCCGGUCAAAAUUAGGGUGCACGACGCUGCGAUCCCUGAGGUGGAGACGGUGCGUAUCCUGGGAAUAUUGGUUAACAACAAGGGUGUCAACGCAGCAAUGAUCACUCAACUCCGUACAUCAUGUGAACAAGUACUACGAAUGAUCACACGUAUCACCAAUAAAACGAGAGGGAUGAUGGAGAACGACACUCUUCGGUUGGUCAAAGCCUUUAUACUCAGCAGAAUUGUGUACGUAGCUCCGUACCUUCGGAUGAGGAGGUGCGAUUUAAAACAUUUCGAUGUCAUGAUCAGAACAGCAUAUAAGAAGACACUAGGACUGUCGGUCAAAACAUCUACAGAGCGCUUAUUGCAGUUGGGGGUGCACAAUACAAUAGAUGAGAUAAUUGAGGCCCACCUAUCAAGUCAAUAUGCCAGAUUGGCAGGAACAAAGACAGGACGCAAGGUACUAGAGGACCUAAAUAUCGGCUGUCCUUACUAUACGGCAACACGACAAGACAUUCCGAAAGAGUGGAGGUGCAAAUUCGCGACCCUGCCCCUUCCUAAAAACAUGCACCCAGAAUAUCAUCAAGCAAGGAGGAGGGCAAGAGCCAAAAAGAUGGACCAGAUCUAUUCUAAAUUAGAGGGGGCCUUCUUCGUGGAUGCUGCAGGUCCGGUGGGAGGAGUCUCCACAAUAUCGGUGGUGCAUCAAGGGCAGACGGGCAAUGGACUUUCUGUUCGGCACGGGGAAAUUGCAGAAUUGGAAGAGGCGGCGAUCGCUAUGGCGGCUUCGCACCCUAGUUCAGAAUACAUCAUUACAGACUCGCAAACUGCCUAUAGAAAUUACACGCGGGGCCGAAUUGCGCCGCUAGCUUGCAGGAUCCUCAAACAAUCUGGGGUCUUUGCUUCGCGCAAAGAGCUGAUCUGGGUGCCAGGUCAUGAGGGUGUAGAGGGAAACGAGCGUGCACACGCUGCCGCCCGAGCUUUUCUCCCCCGGGGUCCCUCCUCCUCCCUCCCCGAAGACUCGGACUUCCCAGUGCCAUUAAUAACUUAUGCAGACGUAUUGCAACACUUGCGCUUAUCGCGACGAAAAUACCCGGGCCCAGCUAAGGGAUUGGACAAAUCGGAGGAAUGCCAUUUACGAAGGUUACAAACCCUGUCAUUUAAUAAUCCAGUGAAGCUGCAUGCUAUUGAGCUACAAUCUUUUUCAGCCGAAUGUAAAUUCUGCGGGCAAAAAGCAGAUCUCUACCAUAUGGUAUGGGCCUGCCAGGCUAAUAGUGCCUUAGAAACUAUAAAACAGCCAACGUGGGAAGGAUGGGAGGCAGCCCUGUCCAGCUCAACCCUCAAGGACCAGCGAGCCCUCGUGGAAAGAGCUAGGGUGGCGGCCUUAGCCAACGGAAUUCCGGAAUAGGAAUCCGACCACCCUUCUCCUAACUCCCCUCUCCC